UGUGACUGAGCAUGUGUGUGCGCCGCUUAGCUAUUAGCGUCUAGAGAUGGCCGCAGACAAGCCAAACGAAGCUAAAGUUUCCCCACUGGAUGAAAACAAAGAAAAUUUACCGGACGGAGGACUUGGACUGGAAAUCUUGCAAAUCAUCAAGGAGUCCCAGCAGCAGCAUGGCCUCAGGCACGGAGACUACCAGAGAUACAGGGGGUACUGCUCCCGCAGGCUGCGUCGCCUGCGCAAGACUCUUGGCUUCAAGAUGGGAAACCGACACAAGUUCAUUGGGAAGAAAGUAACUGUGGAAAUGCUUUCUGAUAGCAGGUAUCUGCUGCUGGUUUUGAUGGAGGCAGAGCGUGCAUGGAGCUACGCUAUGCAGCUGAAGCAGGAGGCCAAUACAGAGCCACGUAAACGCUUCCACCUGCUGGCACGUCUACGAAAGGCCGCCAAGCACAGUGAGAAGCUGGAGAAGCUCUGCGAAAGCCACCGUGUCGAUGCCAAGACCAAACUGGAGGCACAGGCCUACACUGCAUACCUCAGUGGUAUGGUGGAGUUUGAGCUGCAGGAGUGGAAACGUGCUAUGGAGGCUUUUAACAAGUGCAAGACCAUUUAUGAGAAACUAGCCAGUGCAUUCACGGAGGAGCUGGCAGUUCUGUACCGCCAGCGUGUGGAUGAGAUAUCACCCAACAUCCGCUACUGUGCUUACAACAUCGGUGACCAGAAUGCUAUCAAUGACUUGAUGCAGAUGAGACUGACUGGUGGUGGAGGAGGCAUGAUGGCUGAGAAACUGGAGGCCCUGAUCACUCAGGCAAGAACCAAGCAGGCAGCCACCAUGAGUGAGGUGGAGUGGCGAGGGCGGACGGUGCCUGUCAAGAUCGACAAGGCACGCAUCUUCCUGUUGGGUCUGGCAGACAAUGAGGCCGCCAUCGCUCAGGCAGCUAACGAGGAGACCAAAGAGCAUCUGUAUGAGACCCUGCUGGCCGAGUGCAGAGACACCAUCCAGGCUGUGAGAGAGGAGCUCAAGAGUGAGGCGAAGCAGCGAGAGAGGAGCUCUGAUGCUGACAGUGGCAAGGUGUCCAACCUGCAGUACCUGCACAGUUACCUGACCUACAUCAAGCUGUGUACUCUGGUGAAGAGGAAUGAGAGCAUGGCCCAUACUCUCCAGGCUAAACUGAAGGAGCCUGAGGCCGACGAGAGCAAGAGGGGUCCCCGUCCCCAGGACCUCAUCCGCCUCUACGACAUCAUCCUGCAGAGUCUGGCUGAGCUCUCCACCCUGCAAGGUAUGGAGGAUGACCACACCUUCCAGAAGGAGGUGUCCCUCAAGAUGCUGGUCUACAAGGCCUACAGGUGUUUCUUCAUUGCCCAGUCUUACGUGCUGGUGAAGAAGUGGAGCGAGGCCCUGGUGCUCUAUGAAAGGGUGCUGAAAUAUGCCAAGGAGGUCCAGUCCAAGGCCAAGAGCCUCAACAACAGCCUCAAGGAUCUCCCUGAUGUUCAGGAACUCAUUGCUGAGGUCAACGCUGAAAAAUACUCACUUCAGGCUGCUGCCAUUUUAGACACUGAUGAGACUGCUGAAAUUCCUUCUCAGCAGCAGGCGAAAGACAACACGCCCCUCUGCGAGCGUUUGGAGACUUUCCAUCUGGACCCAGCCCUUGUAGGAAAGCAGCCCAAUCUGGUCCAGUUCCCCCCUGACUUCCAGCCAAUCCCCUGCAAGCCCCUGUUCUUUGACCUUGCUCUCAACCAUGUGGCCUUCCCACCACUGGACGACAAGGUGGAGCAGAAGGGCAAGGGCGGUCUGACCGGCUACAUCAAGGGCAUCUUUGGCUUUGGCAGCUAAAUCAAACCUCGGGCUUUGGUCUCCACAUGAGAGCCACACCACAGCCCAGAGUUUAUCACAAACAACCAGACUUGGGUCAGUUGUUAAUUCGAAUAAUUUCAGUUACUUUUAAUGUUUGAUUUGUGGUGCCUAAGUUCAUGACGAGUGCAGUUUGCAGUUCUGACGAAGACAGAGUGGGUCGGUGGGAGAUUAUAGAAAAGUUACUGAAUCAGUUUCAAGUAGCAAUAUGACCCAAGUCCACCUGCCACCUUUAGUAAUAACAUCAGGCUGCAUGGGUUCCCAGCAUCCUCCUUAAUAUGCGCUACGGAGGUUUCUGUGACGUUCAAGUACUACAGAUUACCAUACCAUGGUCUUGAUGCCUACAGCCAAGUUGUAAAUCUCACAAUCUUGUCAGAGUAAACUAAGCUACAUUGGCAUCGCUCGUAAUUUUUUUUUUCAGUGUUACAUAAGCGCCUUCAUUUAAUUAUAUCUCAAAUUUUUUCUUCCUUUUGUGUGUGUUUCAGCAUUGUUUCUCAGAUCUAAAACUUACAAAGUGCAGUCUUAUCUCAGCACCAGUAGUGCUCAUUAAAUACCAGAAAUAAUCCUGUGACCUGUAGCUUGGCCAACUGAAGCUGUUGCAUUUAUAUCCAGCAUCGUAGUCUCAAGAGACUUCAGCCGUGUCCCAUUUCUUCCCCUCACCUUUGCUGUGGUCUUUCCUACUUUUGGUCGCACAUUAAUUUAUAUGUGAUCAACAACCUCUCCGUACACUGAUGAGUCAGACCAACCCAUCUUCCUCCUCGUCUUUUUUUUUUUUUUUUUUCCCCACCACAGCACACAAAACACCUUGUGGACGGCUAAAGAAAAAAGACAGGAAACACUACAGGCCAGUAAUGCAACAUUAAACUGGAAAGGAUAAGCUGCUAAAAAGCACAAGAAGAAAAAUACCUAGACAUUUGUUGUCUGUCUUUUGUAAUUGGCUUCUGAUGCGCACGAGGUGAGUCUGCAGUUGUGUUACCUCUUCAAACAGAGGAAGACGGAAUUAUGAAAAGAGUUGUGGGAAGAACUAGGAUAAAGCUUGAAAGUUUUAGGUGCAUUGAAAAGGAUGAUGGGAGACAAAGCCAUGAAUCAAAGCGCAGGAUGUUUGUCUUCGAAAAAAGGAAGAAGCUAAAUGGUUCAGUGUUUUAAUUUGUCAAUAUCAGCACCAAUGUGCGCUGGUCAAACUUCUUAUGUUGUGCUAUGUGACAUUUGGUACUGAACUCACCAUAAUGUCAGUUAAGGGUCCAACUGCUUCAACCUGUCCGGAUGGUAGUGCAGAACAUUUUUGUAACCUCUCCCAUAUUUUCAAGGCACACAGUUUUUCUACAGCAGGGCCUUGCUGGUGGGCAAAUUGCGAGUAUAGCUCAUCAAAAAGUAGAAAUGACUUCCAGUAAUGUUUUUGUUUUGAUAUUUUUGUUUGCAUUUCACAAAAUUAGACAUUCAGGACUUAAGAGAGUUUUUAGCAGGCUUUCAUUCGUCACACCAUCACGCCUCUUUGUCCAUCAAUAGGACUAAACCGUACAUGUCUAUUCUGUAACGUUAGAAAAAUCUUUUGUCAUCAGUUGUUUGCCAGUGUUGUGGAUUCAUGUCUUCUUCCUACACCAAAGCCACUCAUUUCCUCUGAUCCUUACGGGACCUGGUUUGCCUGUGAUAACGUGAAACUCUAGCUAGAGGACUGUUUCCGUGUCACCCACCCUGUCACACAUUAACUCUUUUACUUACUAAGCUCUUUAUCAAUGUCUUGUUUUUCUUUUCUUUUUUUUUCUCCCCUUCAGCGUUUUGUGUUUAAGAAUUAAGAUGGAGGUCCUGGAAUAGUUCCAGCACUUUACCUCGAACAGCCUGAAAAAUAAAUUAGAUAUGAUCAGUAAUUGAAAUGAUAAGAAUGUAUGAUUUGAUUUAGUUCCCAGUCCUAUAAUUAAAAUAUAUUUGCACCAAA